GACCAUCUACUGACCUAGCGAUUUGAAGUGGUUGAAAAGAAAGAUUGUGCCUACUCUCCGCUCGCUGACGCUGUCGAUCUAACUAAUACUUUCUAAGUGUAUCUGGCCCACUAAUGGUCCAUUGCGUCUCGGAUGUUCGCCACCCCAUCUCUAGUAUCUGUAGACAGUCUGUAGCAGUGAACGCCACUACAAGCUCAGCUACGGUAAUUAUUACUUUCUAGUACUAGUAGCAGUGCAGACGCUGGAUCGGUGCAGUGGUGACAGAAAGCUUGGCGUCCUGCAUGUAAUUGUUUGACUUUUCGUGCCGCUGGAGGAAGCAAGGGUCUCGUUCGCGAUCCCUACUACGAUCAGUAACAACAGUGCAUCUAGCGGACAGUUCAAGUGCUUUGCGCAGUGCUGGUGGGAGCGGCGAAACAAACUCUUUCGGCCAUGGCUGCUGCAGCAGCGAAAUCCGACGAGAAAGCUCCAGUCGUCCUCGGCAAAGCCAAAGGUGGACGCCCGACGUACAGUACUAGAGUAUUCAAGAAAAGCUCCCCGAAUGGCAAGCUGACUGCGUACGUCGGUCGGCGUGAUUUCUUUGACGAUGGCUACAAGGUGGACAUUGUCGAUGGCGUGGUACUGGUGGAUCCAGAGUACAUCAAGAAGUCGGAGGGCAGGAAAGUGUACGGUCAGCUAAGUUCAUGCCUUAGCUUCGGCAAAGGAGACAACGUGUAUGACGCCAAUUAUGUGGCAAGCUUCAAGAAAGAACUUCUCAAUCUGUCAGUUCAGAUAUACCCACCCAACAACGAUCAGCCACCGCGCACAAAACUUCAAGAACGACUAAUUCGGAAGCUAGGAGAGAAUGCAUACCCUUUUCAAUUUCAAAUUCCAUCACGCUUGGCCGCAUCUGUUUCUCUCAACAAGACCGAGACAGAUGACAAAACAAAGCCGGGUGGUGUAGAAUACCUCUUGCAGACGUUUGCGGCCACAGCACCAACGGAGAAGAUUGAGAAACGGAACUCAGUUCCGCUGGCCAUCAAGAAGUUGACGGCACUGGACGCGUCCCUUCAGAAAGAGCAGCCGCAGACGGAUACAAAGAAAUCUUUCUGGGGUAGCUCUUACCCUGUUAAUGUUGAAGCUCGGUUAGAUCGCUUUAUGUACUACCAUGGCGAUCCAAUCGUGGUUCAUCUCAACGUAGACAAUCGAUCGAACAAGACUAUCAAAUCAGUAGCAAUAUCGAUCAAGCAGCUGUCUGAAGUUGUGGUCUUCAAGGAGAAGGCGAAGUGUAUUGUGACCACUUUCACAUCAGAGAGCGGCUUCCCAAUCAACCCGAGUAGUCACCUAUCGCAGAGCUUCUCCAUCGUGCCCAGCCUCCAGGACUGUUCACACAAAGGAAAUUUGGCUGUGGAUGGUCAGCUCAAGCACGAAGACACCAAUUUAGCCUCGUCAACAAUUAUUAAGGACAACAUCACCGACUUGCAGCGGGAAGACUUGGGAAUCGUUGUCAAGUAUAUGAUGAAGGUCACGCUUCAUGUUGCAUUUGGCAGUGAUAUUUCGCUAAAGCUCGCGUUCGGCCUGACGCAUUGUCGUCCGUCGGACGACGUUCUCAUUCAGCGCGUUGUUCACGAACCAGCCGCCGCCGCCGCCCCAGCACCAGCACCAACCACUGAGGAAUCGUCGGCAGAUAAUCACUACACGGCGGAGCCGACACGAGGUGCAAACCCUGCUGCUGCUGCUGCUGCCGUUGCUGCUGCAACCGCAACCGCAGCUCCGGCUAGUGGCGGUGCUGCUGCAGCUGCUGGAAACACAGCAUCAGCUGCCCAGCGUCCCGACCCCCCUGUUGGAAAUCUCAUCAGCCUUGGUGACGACCCUAGCCCCGCGCCAGCACCGCAGUUUGCCAGCACCAAUCCGUUCUUUAUGCCUGCGGCCCAAGGCGGCCCAGCAAUGGCACCGGCAGCGGCUGGCCGAACAGCGAAUGUGAAUGAGUUCAUGGAUGAUGACAUUGUUUUCGAGGAAUUUGUGCGGUUGCGAACAGCCGGCGAAACGGAUGCGUGAUGUUGGAGUCCAACAACGUAUCAUCAACGUUAUCAGCACCAGCAAUAACGGGGUGAGCAAUAGUGUAUGUUGGAAUAGAAAGCUAGCUGUGAUUGCGUGGCAACUGCUUGCCAAACUACGACCGCUGCAAACUAGUGCUGGAUGUUCAGUGUAUUAAUGUUGCUGGUAGACGACUGGCCCCCUACUGUUCGAAUAAGCUUCUUGUAUCAUUCGCAAGCCACACCAGCAGCACCACCCUCAGCCCGAAAUGAGCAGGCUAUUAAUGAAUGGCAAUUCCUAACCGGACAUUUUUUCUUCCUUUCCGUUUUAAUGUGGAUAUCAAAUUUGAGUACGUAUGCAACUAGCCCUUCAAUUGUCCUGUUGCUGUUUUUUUACAGCCUAUAUGUCCACAAUUCCUGAUUAUGCUGCUACAAAUCUGCUUCGUGUAACCCGCUCAUUCCAAGUUGAGACUAUUGUCUUUAUGUAUAAUUAUGUCUUAUGUCUUUACGCUGCGAGCAUCAUGUUUUCUCAUUUGUGUCACUCCAACCUUUGAUAGGCAACACUUGGUCUUUAGGUCUUCUUUUCUGCAAUGCCUUGUCGCGCAGGUUUCUGCAGGCAAGCGCUAUUUCCAACCAGAAUAUGCUCACCUUGCUGUAUCUCGUGCUUAUUAUGAUCAAUGUGAUCAAUGUUACAGCAGGAGCGUCGGAAGGUA